GGAAUGUUGAUUUUGACAAGCAAGGAAAAAAAUUGAUGGAAUUUGACGUUAUUUUGUUUUCUAAAAUUUGUCUAAAAUGUUAAGAAACGACGUCCUAAUAGCAUUAUAAAUUUUAAAAUCAUAUGCAAUUACAGUGAAUUGUAAGAACUAUGUCUAAAUCGCUAUGAAAGUCACUGUUAAAAGUUGGACUGGCGUUGCAACUUGGAGGUGGAUAGCAAACGACGAUAAUUGCGGUAUUUGUCGCAUGCCUUUCGACAGUUGUUGUCCCGAUUGCAAGUUACCUGGUGACGACUGCCCUCUAGUCUGGGGCGCUUGCUCCCACUGUUUCCAUAUUCACUGUAUUGUCAAGUGGCUGCACUCUCAACCACAACAGCAGUGCCCUAUGUGCCGACAGGACUGGAAAUUCAAUAACAAGUAGAAGAUUGCACUACGUAAGCAGUUUCGAGCGAUCAGCACAAUGUCGCUACAAGGUCUGCCACCAUUGCCAAAGAGCCUCAGCGGCUUCGCAGAUGGCGA